AUGGGUAUUUCAAGACCUUUUCCAAAUUCAGUUAAUGAAUAAUUAACAGGAAAUAUGAUAACAAGACUUUAUAGACCUCCUGAAAUAUUAUUUGGAAGUAAGCAUUAUAAUUAAUCAGUUGAUAUGUGGUCUUUUGGAUGUACAAUUGCAGAACUUUUCUUAAGUUAAAAUAAAAAACAUUUUUUUCAUGCUAAUAGUGAAAUAGAAUAAUUAUGUGUUAUUUUUUAAAUUAGAGGUGCAGCUAAUGAAUCCAACUGGACUGAUUGUACAAAACUAUCUUUAUAUAUGGAUUUUUAAGAUUUAUAAGCUUAAGAUUUGUAAGAGUUAAUACCUAAUGCUCCUAAGGAAUGUAUUUAAAUUAUUGAUUAAUUACUUUAAUUAGAUCCUAAAAAAAGAUCAGAUAUUAAUAAGGUUAUAUAUUAUAUUUUUUAAAAAAAAUAGUUUUAUAUUUUUUUUUUAAGAUUUUAGAGAAUUAAUGGCUAAAUGAAAAUGAAGAAGAAGGGAUAAAUAAAUUGA